ACUAUGAUUAAACGUGAUGAUUGUAGAAAUUUCAUACAUCAAUGGCGCACAAAACUCAAACUCUUUUUUAUUUCAAAAAUGCAAACUUAUUUAUAAGAUCAAUUUCAUUACUUAUUUACAAUCAAAUAAUUCAAACGGGCUCCCAAAAUGCAGUUAAUAAACUGAAAAAUUUUCUAGUUAUCCAAAGCAUGAGAGAAAUGGUCAUUGGCACCAAAGUAACAGACAUAUACACAAAGCUUGUUGAGACCUAUGCCCAAAAUGGUGCUUUGCAAUUAGGCAAAGCAUUACAUGCACAUUUAAUCAUCAAUGGAUUGGCUCAAAGAACUCAUUUUGCUUCAAAGCUUAUUGCUUUUUAUACAGAAUGUAAACAGUUAUCCCAUGCACGUAAACUGUUUGAUAAAAUUCCCCAAUCAGAUACUCGUCGUUGGAUUGUUCUGAUCGGGGCGUAUGCUCGUCGUGGGUUUUACGAGGAAGCAAUGUGUGUUUUUCAUGAAAUGCAAAAGGGUGGAAAGAAGCCGAAUAAGUUUGUUCUUCCUAGUGUACUUAAAGCUUGUGGACGCUUCAAUGAUUUUCGAACAGGGGAGAUAUUGCACGGUGUGAUUCUGAAGAACAUGUUUGAAUUUGACUCAUAUGUGGUUAGUGCAUUGAUAGAUAUGUAUUCAAAAUGUGGUAGAGUUGAGAAGGCGAAAAGGGUGUUUAAUGGGACGGUGGAUAAAGAUUUGGUCGCGUUGAAUGCUUUGGUUUCGGGUUGUGUACAGCAGGGUAUAGUAAAUGAAGCACUGGAUUUGGUUGAGGAAAUGAAAGUUCAAGGUAUGAAGCCUAAUGUGGUGACAUACAAUACUCUGAUUGCAGGGUUUUCGCAAGAAGAUGAUCAAGGUAUGGUUUGUAAAGUUGUUGAAUUGAUGCAUGAUGAUGGACUUGAGCUAGAUGUAGUUUCGUGGACUAGUAUAGUUUCUGGGCUAGUGCAGAAUUUUCAUAACAAGGAAGCUUUUGACACGUUUAAGCGAAUGUUGGAUGAUGGGACGUCUCCAAGUUCAGCUACGAUUAGUAGCAUAUUGCCUGCUUGUGCAACUGUGGUAGAUUUGAUUCGUGGGAAGGAGGUACAUGGUUAUGCGGUAGUGAUGGGGAUCGAGAAGGAUGUAUACGUGAAAAGUGCUCUCAUAGACAUGUAUGCAAAAUGUGGAUUUAUAUCUGAAGCAAAGCACUUGUUUUCUAAGAUGUGUGAAAGAAAUACAGUAACAUGGAACUCGAUGAUUUUUGGCUACGCGAAUCAUGGGUAUUGCAGUGAAGCAAUUGAGUUAUUCAAUCAAAUGUUAAGAGAGGAAGAUAGGAAACCAGAUCACUUGACUUUCACAGCAGCUCUCACUGCUUGUAGUCAUGCUGGACUUGUGCAGUAUGGAGAAAGUUUGUUCAAACAGAUGCAGGAAAUGUACACGAUAAAGCCAAGAUUGGAGCAUUUCGCGUGUAUGGUGGAUCUAUUAGGGAGAGCAGGGAAACUCGAUGAGGCUUACGAUUUGAUUCAGAGGAUGUCAAUUGAACCUGAUUUAUUUGUUUGGGGAGCAUUAUUAGGGGCAUGUAAACAGCACGGAAAUAUGGAUUUAGCAGCGGUUGCAGCUGAGAAAUUGGCUAAACUUGAACCUGAGAGUGCUGGAAGUAGUGUGUUGCUAUCAAGUUUAUAUGCUGAUUCAAGUAAGUGGAUAAACGUCGCGAAGGUAAAAAGGGUGAUCAAGAAGAAGAAACUGAAAAAGGUUCCUGGAUGUAGUUGGGUAGAAGUUGCAUAAGUUUUCACAUGGCUAGAGAAGCUGAAGAUCAGUUGAGUACGCGAUCUUGGAUAAAGGCCUGCCUCGAAGGGGGGGUGUAGAUAAUUCAAUGGUUGGUUUUUCUCCCUAGACUCAACUGAUACACACAAAGGGAAAAUGCACCAUUCAACAAAGAGACGAGCAGUUCAUUUACAGAAUCAAAGUGAUCAAAACGUAGUGUCUGCGGGAUUCAGGACCUGUGUGGAGUCAUUACAUACCAUCUUGAGUACCAACUCGGUUUCUAAGGACACUACAAAGUGGUUUAAACGAAACAGUUUUUCGAGCGAAAACAAAGAAGAUACAGAAAGGCAAAGCAUUACAGCAAUCCCAUGCACUUUGGGUCCUCAAAGGUUUGUCCAGACUUCCUAUUAAAGAAGGACCCUACGUCUGAAGAGGGUGUUGUAUGGUCUGAAAACCAGAAUAUAAAAAGUGUCUUUCAGAUGAAUAAUAGGCUAGUAUUUUCAUGCUGCAUUCAGCUCGGUGCACUAUGCUCCCGCUAUACACAGGAUUCAAGGAUGGGCCUGACCACAAGGGUCUAUUCUACGCAACCUUAUCCUGCAUUUCUACAAGAGGCCGUGUCCACUGCUCAAACUCAUGAGAUCAGCUACCCCUUGCUCAGCUUUAUGCCUAAAGCUUUGUAAAUAAAUUGCAGCAUACAUGUACUGAGAUUUGAGAAAUUAAUAUUCCAUUGAAAGUGAAUAGGGAGGAGUCUCUUUUUUCCAACUACCAUCACUUGCUAGUUGCUUCGACUCAGACUUGGACAUUCUAUUAGUAAUUAAUACUCAAAAAUUUCAUCAAACACCUUCCUCUAAUGUCUUAUUAUCAUUAGUAGCAGCAUACUAAUCCAGUCACCAACCUAGUCCUAACACAGGAAAGUGGAAACAAUUUCCAAGAAAAUAUUACCAACAGAAGGAACUUCUCAUAAGAUUGACUUCCAUCAUAUCAAACGCACUUGAUUAGAAAAGGGCAGCAAGAGGAUCAUAACAUAAAAGAGUAGAAAUUCAAUCAAACCAGUGAUACCAGUAAGUCGCAAAAAAAAGUACAUUUGAUCCUUGUGCAGGAGACAAAUCCAGCAAGAGACUGCAAAAUCCCUCUGUCGUGGGGAUGAAAUAAACCACCUUUGAUCUUGUGACUUCUCUGGAUUACAGUUAUCUGUGGCUUGAUAAACCGCACAGCACAGAGAUCAUUGCAUACCUACAAUGAAGUUCAACAGUACAGUUUCUAUCCAUCUAGAGAAUUAAGCAAAAGGCAAAUGAAAACCGGUCAAGAAAAUAAAUGGACACAAGAUUCUAUAAUACUGGUUGUAUCCCUCAUAAUAUCUCUAUGAAGAAUGGCAUGUCUAGUAGACUAGCAGAGCAAGCAUAAAUUGCAGAUGUUCGUUAUACAAAGUAUACAUAAUAAGCAAAUUUACUAUUUGCAUGAUAAAGAAACAAGCAACUACCCACAUAGGAUCUUCUACCAAAUAAACAACCAGAAUACAGAAAACACCUGGAUGAGACAGUUACCAAGAACAAGAAACCUAGGGACUGUAUAUUUCACCAAGAGAACUAAAACAAUUUCUUCUCCACCACUCUUUGAGCAUGCCCUUGGAGCACUUGCCUUUGAUACCUAUGAGUGAUGUUAUCCAAAAUUGGUAUACCCUUUUGGAGUCGCUAACAUAUGCAGAUGUGCAUAUGUGGGCCCCAUUAAAGAAGAGUCGCUAGCAUACAGAGUCAUAGUGCCAAAAAACAGAUUAAAGGAGUAAGAUGAUAUGUAAGAAUAGUGAAACUACACAGCACCACAAAGACAAUUAGGAAAGCUAACUAAGCUUACUCUGAAAGAGUAUUUACUUCCGCUGUUUAAUAAUUAUUCAGAAGCACUUCUAUAUAAUGUUCAUCGAGAACAAGUGCAUACCUAACCACAACAUUUUUAAUAAGCAAAACCUAAACAUGGUAUGCUAAUGAGGUAGUAAAGAACAUCAAAAUAUUCAGACAAGACAAAACAGAAUUUGAGUAGUUAAUAAAGCCAAGAAAAUUGAAGAAAACCAUCUCCCCUGGAAAUGGAGUUAAGAUACUGCAAACAACAUUGACACCCGCAUCAAUCUAAAUGACCUACAAGAUCGAGAUGAAACAAUGUCAACUUCCACUCAUUUUCUAAGCAUCCACCAUCACAAGUGGUCACUUUACAAGAAGAGGUCCAUAUUGCACAAGUUAUCAGAAUCACUUCAAAUUCCACACCAAUUCCACAAGUUGUGGUUCAUUGCAUCCACAUGUACAUUUUAGACUAAUGCAGGAAGACAAACAGCAUCUAUUUUAGCUGGAGUCAGCUAUAGUAUUCAGACAUUUUUCAUAGUUAAAUUAAUUUACAUCGGCCAUCAACCCCCUUUUAUCUGGGCUUAGGACAGGCUACAGUCUGCAAAGCUCACAUGGUCAGGGUUUCAAACCGAUAUAAAUUGCAUAAAAUAUAUUCUUCAAACUUUAACACAGAAGUAAUAUUAAGAGGAGACCACUAAAGAAGGUGCAAUACAACAUCUUACAACCAACCAAACUUUACCUAUUCACCGUUGCUUCGCUGAUCUAGCUUAAAGAAAGGAACAGUGCAAGACAAACACAUUCAUAUAGUCCAUAGCUAAAAUAAACAUAUAAAUCACAUGGGAGGAAAGGCUACACAUUCACAAUAAAAGCUUCAAGCUCAAGCAACACUACCAAAGAUGUUACUAGAAGUAUCUUGAUACUGUGAACCAAGUGAUGCACAAAAGGUAUUCUCAUCAAAAGCUCCUCAAAUCCACUAGAUUUCUGUCACACCUUUGAUGGUCAAAAUAUAUGUAGUAUAAACAAUGCAAAGAUGACAAAAAAUUGACAAAUUCAUCCAGGCCAAAAGAAGAUAUUCAGUUAAUGAGUCCUCCCAAAGAAAAUUUUAUCAUGUUCAUUCAAUAAGGGGAAACAGGGCAGCAAAUUAUAAUUUCUUCCCAUUUGUCCUAGUCUUGAUGGACAGAGUAACGUAGUACCUGUUGUUGGAGGAAGAUGACGAUAUUACAUAAAAUCAGUCGUUGUGUGCGAAACCUGGCCCGGACACCACGUUAUGAACGACAAAAAAAUCAGGGCAGCAGAUUAUUUAGGUGUGUCGGAAAACUUUAAGCCGCCUCAGAGAAAAUGUAACCACAUGAAAUGUUUGUCAUUUGUACAUAAAAUUUAAUAAAACACAAACUCUUAGGAGCCACAAAGUUGGCCAAGUACAAUCAAUUACUAUGUUAAGAAAGAAAAUAUGGCUGUCAAGUGGCGAAGUAUGGUAUCUAUGCUUCAUAUACCAUGUUAGGCAGCAGACAAGUUCCUAACGUGUUAUUGAGCAUUUGAUCAUAACUGAAAGCAAAUACUCCAUCCAGUACUAACAAUAAGCAAAAUGCGAACACUUGUCAUUUAAUGCCAUCUGUAGUGUAACACUUGAGAUCCAAUAGAAACAAGUUGCUCUCCAUGUAUAUCUGGUAAAACAUUAGAUACAGCAGAAACAUUUCUAGAAUGCAGAAAUAUGAUCGCAAGGAAACCGAUAUCAACUAAUGUGUUACAACAGUUGCUGCUACAAUAUAUUGGAGGCUAAAAAAAGAAAUCUUCAUUACAAAAUUAGAACAGGUUGAUCCCUCCUUGAAGUGCUGGUUGUGACGCAGAAAGUCAUUUUAUGUUCUUACUUGACCAUCCAUCUUAGUUUGCAUCAAUUUCAAGAGAUCAACAAAAAAAAUAUUCUUUUAGUAUCUUAUUCUCUGCAGCUACAGAAAUUAGAAUAGAACUUUUUAUCAGCAACAAUACACUUCCAGGACAAUGAAGAUCAGUGCGUAUGACCACCAAAUAUCCGUUACACGCCAAUAAUUUAUUAAAAAGUGUGACUCAUACUAUAUCGCCAACACUAACUGCCAGAUAAAAUGUUCUAUGGCCUGAAAAUUCUUAGAAGUAGUUUGUUUUUUCCCAUAGUAAUUUUUUUUGCAAUUGACCAAAAGGGGAAGUAGUAAACAAGAUGUAAGAGUCAGCAGUCACUCCUAUAUCGUCUACACCCACUUUUUGGAAAAGAGCUGGUUUUGCCAUCAAUUCAUCUAUUAAAAACACAU